AUGACGCACAAAGAUCAGACGCCAGCACGCAUAGCUGAUGUCUUCAAGCGGUAUCAACAAGACCGUGAGAUCGUCGUCAAGCAAUUCUGCAUUCUAGAGGCAGUAGUGCCAGCUGCAAGGAAACAGAUUGCCGCCUUCCAAUCAGACGGAGGAGGCGAAUUUGACAGUUAUACUGUCAAGAAUUGGGCCAAAAUCCACGACGGACAGCUUCGCAAAUCAGCUGUGCGUGCUCACUACCGCCUCGAGAAUACAGAAUUGCUUGACGACGAUGUCACGGUCUUGUUGAUACCGCUUGCAGGCUAUGCGUGCUGGCGUCUGAUCUUUGUGCGUCAUAAAAUGAAUACCCUCCCAGCCGUCAAAGUCAUCGACGUCGAUCAUCCAGUAGCGGGCUUGAUUGCCGUUCUUUAUGGAGUCGCUGAGGCCAGGUGGGACCUUGCCCCCACCCCCGAGAUCGAGGUAGACCAUUUCACCUGGUUUGGUAGAUCGGUGCAGCACUGGUGCCCGACGGGGCGCAAGUUGUGCCUUCCCAAUAAUGCAGUGGGAGCACUUUUAUUUUGGAAUGGGCAUACUAUUGAUAUUGAUGCCAUCCACCACCUUUCAUUGCCAGUCUAUUGCUGA